UACAACUAAGCCUACGUACGUAAUGUCUAUCUUCACUCCGACUAACCAGAUACGACUAACUAAUGUGGCUAUAGUUCGUAUGAAAAGAGGUGGAAAGCGAUUCGAAAUUGCUUGUUAUAAAAACAAAGUUGUCUCUUGGAGGACCGGAACGGAGAAAGACAUCGACGAGGUUUUACAGACACACACGGUGUUUGUCAAUGUUUCAAAGGGUCAAGUGUCUAAAAGGGAUGAUUUGCUACAUUCAUUUGGAACAGAUGAUCAGACUGAAAUUUGUAAACAGAUUUUAGCUAAGGGGGAACUGCAAGUUUCCGAGAAAGAGCGGCAUAGUCAACUUGAAUCCAUGUUCCGUGAUAUUGCAACAACUGUGGCAGACAUGUGUGUAAACCCAGAGACGAGACGACCUUAUCCGGUUGGUGUGAUUGAGAGAGCAAUGAAAGAUGUGCAUUACUCAGUCAAGCCAAUGAAGAGUGCAAAGCAACAGGCUCUAGAUGUUACACGUCUGUUGAAAGAGACCAUGCAGAUUGAACGAGCACGCAUGAAGUUGUCUCUUGUCGCACCAAACAAGUUUGGAAAGAGAGCCAAAGAUAAACUAACUCCACACAUUGCUGUGAUAGAACGAGAGAGCUGGGAGGGUGGUGGCCUUGAAAUGGUCUGCUUGAUCGAUCCUGGACAGUUCCGAGCAAUUGAUGAAAUAAUACGAACAGAAACCAAGGGUACAGGCACAUUAGAACUGAUCAGUCUAAAGGAUGUUGAAGAAGGAGAUGAACGGUUUGAAUAGAAUAGGUUUGUUUGCACACAGAGGGCCUACGGUUUAGUAACAAAGAACAAUGUAAGAUGUUGAAUACUAUUGUACCUGAAGAA